AUGAAAUUUGCACAAGUUCUUUUGAAGUUUCAUUAUAUCCUUAAUAAACUCGUAUCCGCAAAAAUACUCGAGGAUGAUGACUUUCCAGAUGCAGGCGAGAUGUUGUAUGCAUGGGUAUUAAGAAGUGACGUGAUCGUUCCUUAUAUUGAACGCAUAAAUGGGAAUUCAGAAUUGAAAAUUUUUGAAGAUAAUCAAGGACAGAAUAUUCAACGUUUGCUAUCACAAACACUCCACGUAUUUUGGGAAUUAAACAAACGGUAUAAAAUUCAGGAAAAGGUAGCCAAUAUGUUAGGCACGUUUACGCACGAUGUUGUAUUGUUAAAGACAAUGGAACUUCCACAUGUAAGCAAAAUUUUUCUUUUAGCCUUGGUAGUUAUAAAUUGUGUUGUUUAUGUUCCGCUCCUGAGUCUUUAUUAUGGUCUUUAUAAGGGGUAUUUAUUAGGGUAG